AUGACAAGUUUCCCAGGUGAACAUGAUCCUGUACCAAAACGGCUCCUAGAAGCACUACCUAACCAACCAUUAUUAUAUUUAGUACCAAAAGCUAAACUUGUUUCACUGAUAUCGUCUGGGUACUCUUCCAAAAUUGAAAUAUCAGAUGAUCAAUCUCUUUUGGCAAAUAAUAUAACUAAAUCUACGGAUCAAUUGGAUAUACCUCCUCCAAAAAGUAUUAGAAAUACUUACUACACUAAAGAUGUUGCUGAUGAAUCAAAUAAAAUUAUUUACAAAAGACCAAUAUAUAUUGCUAAACAGUCCAGGAAUAUGAUUAAUAAAGAUGACAAUAAUAAUAAUUUAUUUUCUAAUCUAUCCCCAUUGGCUAAAAAAUGUUUGGAGGAAAUAUCUCCAAAUAUCAAACAAGGAUAUCAUAUUGAUGAAGCACAUGUUGUUGAAACUUUACAAAGAAAACGGAAAAUGGAAGAUAUCCUAGACACUGAUAUAGAUUUGACAUAUAAGUUUAAACAUGAUAAAAUUGUAAUGUCUUCAGGUGUUUCAGUAAGUGAAACAACAAUUGCAAAACAAUAUUUAGAUGAUUUAAUUCAAUUAUUAGAACAUAUACGGUCCGACAUGAAUGGAAAAUGUUUUACCAAUCUUGAGCGUUGGAUCAACGUUGAUAACAGUAAUAUCUGCUUAAAUGAAAGAACUUUACAGCAUAUUGAACUUCUGUUGAAAAAUAUUUCAAGUGUUCCUGAAGUAAAUAAUAAAUUGUCUUUAAAUGAUUUAAUUUUAAUUUUAGAUUUAAUGAUUCAAAAUAUUACAAUUUGCACAACUACUGUAUUAUCUAAUAAGAAAAAAGAGAGGAUAACAAAAAUAAUAGCUAUAUUAUCUAUUAAUAUCAUAUUUUCUAUUUUUUUGUUGAAGAGAUCUGAACGAGAAAUAUAUAUGGAAAAAUAUGCGGUGAUACCGAUUAAAUAUCUAUCUAACUUUGUCACAGAAAUAAAAGAGAAGAGUGCGUCAAAAGAUUUACAUAAUGAACUUGUAUUAUUUACCAAUUCUAUUCAGCAUUUACCUCGUUAUAUUCGGCAAAACAUAUAUUUGGAUGAUGGGCUUUUAACAAAGUUGAUAUAUGUCUUUACAGAUAUAAUCGUUGAUUCCACAGUCACUUUUAAUGUUAGUGCUUCUGAUCAAUAUUGUUGGAAUAAUAUUAAAAAUCUUAGUUGCGAGAUUCUUAUGGCUAUUUUUCAAUUAGUACCAACGCAGAGAUUAUUCCUAAUUAACGAGUUCUUGUCUAAUAUCGAUAAAUUGCCCUCCAAAAGAGUACAUAAAAAAAUAAAAACAGUUGCUAAGGAUAAAUAUGUUACAUAUUUUACUGAAUGUUUAAUGAGAAUGUUACAGUAUAUUAACGCAUUAGAAAAUUUAAAUACCGUAAAUGGAGAAACCAAAGACAUUAUUGAUAUGUUUAAAAAGAAAAAUAUGGAACAAGAAAAACAAUUAUCAAAUUUUAUUGAUCAUAUUAAUGAAAGUAUAUUUAAAAAAUUUUUGCAAAAUUCAACAAAAUAUCGAUAUAUUAUGGAAAUAUAUAUUCUGGAUUUAAUUGCACUGUUUAGACUUCCAAAUUAUUAUAUUGCUUCUCAAGUAUUAUCAUCUAUGCUAGGUAAGCUUUUGGAUGUGUUUGAUUCAGCAUCUACAUCUCCUGUAGUAGAAAUCACCUGUCUGUUGAUUCUUGGUCAAAUUGGUUCAGCACUCUUUGAUAUAAAAUUAAAUACUUUACCCCAACAAAAUAAUAAUGUUGUGAAACUUCUCAACUAUCCUGAGUAUAUUCCACAAUUUUUAGAAUCUUCUCAACGUUGUCUUGUAUACAUAGCGAAUAACAAUAGUCAGGAAUCUUCCUACAAGUACUUUCAAGGUAAGCUAUUGGAAAAAUUAAUAAGAUUACAUGAAUUGAACACAGAUAGUAACAACAUCUCCAAUAUUGAUAAUUAUAUCGACAGAAUUAUUAGACAGGUACCUUUUAACGAUAUAAUGCCUAAAAAUGUGCUUUCUUUAGAAGACAUUAACAACGAUUAUUGUUCAGUGUUACAAUCAGAUGAGCUUAUUUCUCAGUAUGAUACAUAUUUCCAUAUUUUAUUGACAAUGCUUGAUAGUAGCAAAAUUAAACUAAAAUCUACAGCAGUCAAAUCCCUUUCAUUGCUCGUAUCACAAGAUAGCAGUAUUCUAUCUAACCCAAUGGUGAAAGCUGCAAUAACUCAAGUUUUAGUGGACAAUUCUGCAGCCUCCGUAAGAGAUGCCAUUUUAGAUUUACUUAAUGCUGGCUCUUGUUAUGUGGAGUAUUACAAACAAAUUAAUGUUAAUUUUGAUGACGAUAGUAUAUUAGUUAGAAAACAUAUUUUAAGAAUUAACGAACAAAUAUAUACGGAAUGUGAUGAUUUAGAAAUUGCUACAUAUGUUGCAAUUAGGAUUUUGCUGAGAUUGGAAGAUGAGGAGGAUGGUAUUGUCGAAAAUGCAAGAAAUAUUCUUUUGAAACAAUGGUUGUUAUCCUUCCAUAACAGUGAUAAAUUAGAUACAAAUAAAAGAAAGAUUAUAGAACAAUCAAUUGCUGUAAUUGCAGGUGUUAUAUCUACUGAUACAAAAAACACAGAAGUUUUUGAAGAUUUUUUAAACUUUUAUUUGCUUAAAAAGGAAGUUCAUCCUCCUCAACAGUAUAAUCAGAUAAUAAAAAGCUUGCGUACUAUGGUCAAUGUCCUGGUACAAGAGAUUGUCAAUUUACAAGCACAAAAUUCAACUGAUGAUAAACAAAAAGUUAACCUUCAACGUCAUUUCAAGUUAUUGGCGUUAUUUGCAGAUGCUGUUGAAACAUUUAUUACCAAAGAACAUAUUUUUGAUUUAUACCCGUAUAUGUUAUCUGGGGAAAAGAAUGGUUUACACUACGAUAUUUUGCAUGUAUUUAAUAAAACUCUGCAAAAAUCAUCGAUAUUGAAAAACAGUUUUCUAGAGAAUAUUGAAACAGAUCUUUUAAAGCAAUUGGUGAGGUUAAAUACAAAAGAAAUUGAUGAAGCUGUUUCUAUUAUAUGGCAAGCUGCAUCCCAAAGAAACAAUAAGGCACGUAUAAUUCAGGCUUGCUCUUCAUGCCUUGUUCAUUUAAAUCCCUAUAUAAUUGCAGCUGCUAAAUCAAAAGAGAAAUACCAGGUAGAUAAUAAGAUUCAACGUUUGCUAUAUUUGAUUACUUCAUUCGCUAGAUUUUGCUCAUUUGAUUCAACAAUUGAUAGAUUACCAUUUGUAGACAAAAAAGAAGGCUUACCUGAAUAUGUUGCUAAGUGUCUUUUAGUUUUUUCUAGAAAUAGUAUGCCACAUGAUUUAAGAAGAACUAGUAUCAAGAAUCUAACUAGGUUAUGUGGGAGUUAUCCAAAAUUAUUUAAUUCAAGACAUAUUUUAAAUAUGUUGAAAAGUGAAUUUAAGAGUAAUAGAUUGGACAUUAAACUAGUAAUAAUAGAGGCUUUAUUAGAAUUUUUCUCAAUAGAAGAGGCUAGAUCUCUACGACAAAUUGGUCUUGUUGGGAGAAUGUAUUCAAACAGAAGAACCAAAGAACAAAACGCCCAUAUGUCAUUACCAAAAAAUGAUGAAGUCUGUUUUGCUUUAAGUAACAAGUUCAUUAACAAUAUUUUAGAUAUGUGUCUUUUCCCUAUAACUGAUGAGUCAGUUACUGCCAUUAGAUUAUUAAAGCUUAUUGUGAAAUGUGGAUACAUCAAUCCUUCAAAAUGUAUCCCACAUAGUAUUGCAUUGCUGGCUUCCAACCAGAAAAUAAUAACACAUACCGCUAUUGGAAUUGUAACUGAAUUAUUGGAACAACAUGAAACUAUGGUUCUAAACAACAUAUCUAAAGGAAUUGUGCUUGCAAUGGAUUAUUCCAAAACGUUAUUCAAUGGCGUUUAUUAUAGACAUAACAUGUUUUUAAACACUUUACAAGAUAUUUUUUUAGUAGAUAAAAAGGGUAUGAAUAAAUUCCACAAAUAUUUAGAUAAAUUCAUAAAUUUUCAACUGAAUGAUACAAUGUCAAUUGACUCAAAUUUUGCUAAAAUGUCAUCUAUUUUAUUUCUGUCAACAAAUAUUGCUAAGCUGAAGUUUUUUUACCAAACACAUUUUUUUUCAAUUAUUAAAAUGUUAGAUUUUACAGAGGAACAAAUGCGUGAUAAUAUUCUCGAAGUGCUGAAGAAUAAUAGGGAAGAAGAUUGGGAUGUUGUAACAUUAAAAUUGUCUAUUAUAAUACAAUAUGUGCUUAAGGAUCUGAAAAAUUAUUUAUUAGACAAAUAUGGAUAUAAGCUAUCUAUUCUUGAUUCUUUAUUUGAAAAUAAUUCUAGGGAUGAUGGCAAACCGAUGCCUGCUGAAAAAGAAGACUGUGGUAAUUUUGUUGAAACUGUAGAUAAUAUUGUCCGUCUAUGUGAUGAUGAUUGUGUGUGUGUCAAUUAUUUGAGUGAACAGAGAUAUGUUGAUUAA